AUGUCCCAUUUGCUUUUUUCCAAGUUUUUCCUAUGUACACUAUUAUUAUGUGUAGUACUAAAUCUUUAUGAGAGUACCUCUUCCCCUAUAUGUUCCGACCAUAGAAUAAAUCAAGAUGUUUUGACAAACAAAUGUGGACAAACUUGGAAGGAACGUAUAUCGUCUCCUUCGCAGAAUAAGAACCUAUCCUAUUCCACAAAAGUUGAACAACAGAACGGUGUUCUGCAAUACGGUACUCAGAGGUAUGGCGGCCCAAAGUACAUUUAUGAGCAAAAUUCUGUAAAAGGUACGCUGGCCCCCAAUGGAGAUGUUAACAGAGUUGUGUCGAAUGAAUUGGACAACCUUACCAAAUUACGGAAUAUAUACUCGUACAGUGGGAACAGUAUAAAAGAAGAUGUCAGAACAAAUAACGUCGAGGAAAAUAAACCACCAGAACAACCAGAACAACCACAACAACGGUCAACAGCAUCACCAUCGUCAAAACCUCCAAAACAAGCAGUAGGAUCACCACCACAACUACUACAACAACCACCACAACAAGCAGUACGAUCACCACCACAAAAACAAGCAGCACAACGGUCAACAACACCAGCAGCACCCCCUGUGGACACAUCAAAGGGAGGAGAAAAUCCAGUACCUUCCAUAUUGAAUGAACUAAAAGAAACAUUAUUAAUAAGGCCACAAGUAAUUGAAACCAAGUUAAAAAACUUAGAACAAGUUCUGUUAGAUAAAAAAUUAAUAACAGAAUCCAAAUUAAAUGAAGUGAAAAAAGUCUUAUCAGAUAGUGAACUAAUAGGAAAAACAAAAAAAAAAAGGAAUGUUUGGAAAGUGUUGAAGGAAAAUUUUCUAAGCAAUCCAUCUAUAAGAGAAUUAAUGUUAAAGGAAUUAGAGGACAUUUUACUAGGAAAUGAAUUAAACACUGAAUACAUUUUAAAGAUAUUGAAUAAAAAUAAGUUUAGUAAUAGAUUAGCGUAUUUGCCUCUAUUAAAUAUAUUUGGAAGAUUUAUAAUAUCGAAAAAAUUAAUGGAAGAAUCAAAAUUAAAAGAAUUAAAAGGAGUUUUGUUAAGUGACAAACCCAUAACCGAACCUCAAUUACAUGAAUUAAAAGUGUUGCUUGUGGAUAUAUUAUAUAAUAUUUCUUACACCAAUAAUAAUGUAAAAUCACAGAAAACAGAUGAUCAUGAUGAUCACAAGGUUCGCGGGGUUCCUCGUGAAAUAGAUGCGUAUUAUUUUUCACAACGUUUUGAUUCGACAAUCCAUGUGGAUGAGCGGUACCCGGAUCAUCACUUCUUGCAAAAUGUACAUUCCUUUAAAAAUCGUAACGAAUUGCACAGAACAGAAUCGUUCAACGGAGAUCCUUUUGUUAGAAGGGCCAAUUUGAAAAGGAGAGAAAAUUUAUCUCUGGCGGAAGAUCGUUCGCGCAGGAACAGAAGGAAAGAUUCCAUCUAUAGAAAAAAUAUAUCGCAAAAAUCGGAUUUGAUAAAAAAGAAUGAACUUUUAAAAAAAAAAUUUCUGAGUCAAGCUGAUUUGGUACGGACAAAUAUAUUGAAAAGGGACAAUACUAUUUUUCUGCCCCAAUAUAACGGCCCAAUAGAUGAUAAUCCAUCUAUAGACAGAAGGGAAAUAUUACAAAGAAAUGAGUUAAUAAAGAAAAUCCCCAUAAAAUUGGAAAUCACACCAAAAGACCAAUUACCAGAAAAGGAUGUAGCAGAAAAGGUACAUGUAAACAUCGCUCCAAAAGACCAAUUACCAAAAAAGGAUGGGCUAGAAAAGGUACAUGUAAACAUCCAUCCAAAAGAUCCAUUACCAAAAAAGGAUGUGGCAGAAAAGGUGCAUGUAAACAUCCCUCCAAAAGAUCCAUUACCAAAAAAAGAUGUGGCAGAAAAGGUACAUGUAAACAUACCUUUAAAAGAUCCAUUACCAAAAAAGGAUGUAGCAGAAAAGGUACAUGUAAACAUUCCCCCAAAAGAUCCAUUACCAAAAAAGGAUGUAGCAGAAAAGGUGCAUGUAAACAUUCCCCCAAAAGAUCCAUUACCAAAAAAGGAUGUAGCAGAAAAGGUACAUGUAAACAUCCCUCCAAAAGAUCCAUUACCAAAAAAGGAUGUAGCAGAAAAGGUACAUGUAAACAUCGCUCCAAAAGAUCCAUUACCAAAAAAGGAUGUGGCAGAAAAGGUACAUGUAAACAUCGCUCCAAAAGAUCCAUUACCAAAAAAAGAUGUAGCAGAAAAGGUACAUGUAAACAUCGCUCCAAAAGAUCCAUUACCAAAAAAGGAUGUGGCAGAAAAGGUACAUGUAAACAUCGCUCCAAAAGAUCCAUUACCAAAAAAAGAUGUGGCAGAAAAGGUGCAUGUAAACAUCCCUCCAAAAGAUCCAUUACCAAAAAAAGAUGUGGCAGAAAAGGUAUAUGUAAACAUACCUUUAAAAGAUCCAUUACCAAAAAAGGAUGUAGCAGAAAAGGUACAUGUAAACAUCGCUCCAAAAGAUCCAUUACCAAAAAAGGAUGUGGCAGAAAAGGUACAUGUAAACAUCGCUCCAAAAGAUCCAUUACCAAAAAAAGAUGUGGCAGAAAAGGUGCAUGUAAACAUCGCUCCAAAAGAUCCAUUACCAAAAAAAGAUGUAGCAGAAAAGGUGCAUGUAAACAUUCCCCCAAAAGAUCCAUUACCAAAAAAGGAUGUAGCAGAUAAAGGGGACAAAAACAAAAUAGAACAAAUCACAAAAAAAAAACAAUGGACUAUAGAAAUACAUAUGAGUGAAAAAAGGAAAAGUGAUGAAAUAAUAACGAAUAUAAAAAAAGAAAAAAAAACCACUAUUAUAAGCACACAUAUGUGUGAGAAAACUAAAAAAGGUGAACUCAUGGACGACAUCCUUGCUUCUAAAAAUGAAGAUGAAAGAAUAGGAAAAGAAAAAGUUGCAAGCAGGAAAAAGUUCAUUGUAGAUGUUCAUUUACAGAAAAAAGAGAAAAAAGGGAAACCAGUAAUAAAGAAAAAAAAAUGGAUGAUUAAAGCAAUUAUGAAAAAUAUUGUCCCAAAGAAGGAGUUGGAAGUAUUAGAAGAAUUACCUGGGUCCCGUGUAAUUGAUGUUAAUGUGAAAGAUCCUUUAUGUCCACAAACACAAGAGGCUAUUUUUGAAAGUAUUCUUGCGAAUCCUUUAACGAAACCUAGUAAAAGAAAAAGAAGAAUUCGACUUUUACGAAAAUUGGCUAUUUAUGGAAUAGUACCAACCCUUGCUAUAGGAGCUAUAAUAGGAUUUACAAUAGGAUACAUUCACGUAGCGCCCAUAGAUGUUGUAUUAGAUUCUGCAGCUUUAGGUGUUAGAACAACUGUAAGUAACGUUGCACAGAGUGUACCUGAAAUGGCAGCUACAACUGGGAAAUGUGCAAUGGAGGCAGCAGGUGCAGCAGUGGGGGCAGCAGCGGGUGCAGCAACAGGUGCAACAGCGGGUGCAGCAAGUACAAUGUCGUCGUGGGUAAGUUCAUUUUUGAGUGUGCUUUCAACUACUGCACUUAAUGCUGCGACAUGCGCAUUGAAUAGUACAGUAACUGCGGCAGGGGUCGUUGUUGAAUCCACAUUUGAGGGUGCUGCUGUAGCUUCUUCAUACGGUACAUUAUACGGUGUAUUGCAAGGAUUAUUCCCAUCAUUCAUAGCUGUUGGAAUUCUAGUCCUUAUUUAUAUUUUAUUCUUAUACCUAGAUGAAAGAGGCAAGAUGGAAUGGUUUCAUAGAUAUAGAAAAAAGUUUAUAAAAAAAUUAAAGAGAAAAUAUAAUGAUUUUAAGAUGUCCAGGCAAAGGAGAAGGAGAAAGUGGUUUAGGAAAUUUCUAUCUGAAAUGGAUAAAUAA